UAUGACUAAUCAUCAAUAUACUAUUAAGCAAGAGGAUUUAGAGUGCUCAAUUUGUCUCGGCUCAUGGGUAAAUAGAGAUCCAAGAACUCUCCCCUGUCAGCAUACCUAUUGUUUCGAUUGCAUUCAGUUUAUCGAGCAAUUCGAUAGGAUCACUUGCGCUCUUUGCUGCAAAAGGAUACGUGUUCCGGAUGGAGGUAUUGAAAACCUACCAAAAAAUCUCUUUGUGAAUAAAUUGGCAGAGGUAAAAAGUGAUCACGAAGUAUGUAGAAAGCAUAACAAAGAGGUGAUAGAGCCGAUAUUCUUUUGUAAAAAAUGUAAUAUAAAAGUGUUAUGCUCCCGUUGUAUUGAAGAGGAUCACCUGGAUAUUGAUUGUAAUCUUAUAGCUCAUAAAAUUAUCAAAGACUUGAAUCAGAAAUGCAAAAAUUCAAUAGAUAAACAAAGGAGUAUUGAUAAAAAGAAUAUGAACAACUUAUUAAAAAAAGUUGAUAAUCACAAAAGAAAUUGUUAUGAAAUUUUGGAAAGAAAAUUCAAUGAAAUUGAACGAAAAAUACGAAAAUAUUUCGACAAGAGAGAAGUUAAUUUUAAUAAUUUCUAUUUGGAACAAGAAACAAUAUUUACUAAGGAGAAACAAUUGAAUGAUUACUUAGCAAAGUUAUCGAAAGAGGAGUUAAGUGUAGACGAAUUACCUGAGAUAAGUAUCAAUUACGAUUUAAAAAUUACCGAUCUUCCUAAUCUAUUACAAAACUCGAAACAAAAGACUCUAGUGAAUUUUGGAGACAGAGAAAUAUUCUUUGGAUCUAAAAUUCAUAUGACUAUCGAUGGUAUAUACUUUUUAGCGUAUUUCUCAUUAGAAGAUAAAACUAUUCUCUUUAAACCAUUUUCUGGAGGAAAAAAUCGAGAAAUUCACUUUAAUAGAGAAAUUUCUGAUUUUACAGUUACAAGAAAUUAUAUUUAUAUAUUUUGUAAUAACGUUCAUACUUUAUAUCUUUCUCGGAUAGUUUUUGGAAAAAUAUCCAUUUUGGAGGUAAUAUCUGAAAAUAUUUUGAAAUUAUUCUCUGCUGUUGAAAAUGAAAACAAUGAUACAUUUCUAUUAGCUUUGAACGAAGAUAAUGAUCUUUGCUAUUUUGUUAAUAAUGAGAUAAAAUGGAAGAAAGAUAUUAUUGAAAAUCUUUCGGAUGGUUGUAUCUCUUGUAAUGGUAAUCCUAUAUUAAUUGAGGAUAAGAAAACUUUAGUAGUACUCGAUAAGCGCAAUGGUGAAACAAUAAGAAUAAUUCAAUGUCCAGGAUUUAUUCAAAUGAGCCCCGUACCUUCCAAUGGUCUUUUAAUAUUAUAUCAUAAACGUAAUAAGCAGAAAAUCUUGUAUCAUUUUGCAGAAGACCAUUAUCAGCAAGAGUUGUUUAGAGGAGAUGUUAUAAAUUUCUAUGCAUCUAACGAAACGAAUAAUAUUAUUUUCAGAACUGGAUCAUUCAAUGAAAUUCAGUUAUGUAAACUGGAAUAA